AUCACAGGAAUGUUCUUUGAUGGCCACAUUACUUCACUAUUUAUAUCUCAUCUCUCAACGCCUCCACUUCUCCAUCAUCAUUUCACAUUCUCCUCUCUCUCUCUCUAACUUUCUCUCACUAACUUAAAAUAUUCCAAUGGAGUCCAUCAACAUGCUCGACUCCGCCUUUGACUCCGACAAGCUCACCUGCGAAAUAUUUUCCAUCCUCGAAAAUAAUUUUCUUUUCGGACAAAACAAACACCCUCAAAUUCCAUCCAAAGUCCGAAUCCUUUCCAUCGACGGCGGCGCCGCCACCCACGCUAUUCUCGCCGCCAAGUCACUUUCCCAUCUCGAAUCAUCCAUCCGCCGUAAGUCCGGCAAUCCUCACGCAACUCUCGCUGAUUAUUUCGAUAUUGUUGCCGGUUCCGGCGCCGGUGGUAUUCUCGCCGCCCUUCUUUUCACCCGCGGAAAAGACGGCCGUCCUUUACACACUGCUGACUCAGCUCUUAAAUUCAUGCUGACCAAUCAGAAAACACUGAGCCACAAUCAGAAUUCCCGGUCGAUACUCCGGCGGAUUUUCCGGCAGGGGAAGCUGGAGAAGCUGUUACGGUCAACUUUUGGAGAAUGUAGUUUGAAAGAUACGGUUAAGUCCGUUUUAAUCCCGUGCUACGAUCUUUCCACGCGCGGGCCUUUUGUUUUCUCACGCGCUGAUGCUGUCGAAUUCGACGGUUAUGAUUUUAAGAUGAGUGACGUUUGUCUGGCUACUUGUGCUGAUCCUACGGUGAAUGGAGCUGUGGAAAUGAGAUCAGUUGAUAAAAGGACUAGAAUCGUGGCCGUUGAUGGCGGCAUUGCUAUGAAUAAUCCUACGGCUGCUGCUAUUACUCACGUUUUGAAUAAUAAACACGAGUUUCCUUUAUGUAGUGGCGUUGAGGAUCUUCUUGUUGUGUCCCUCGGCGGCGGUGAAUCGGAGGUUGGUUUUGGUGCUCCCAAUUCAUCACCGGCACGGUUUGUUAGGAUCGCCGGAGAAGGAGCUUCCGAUACGGUUGAUCAAGCUGUCUCCAUGGCCUUUGGUCACUUUCGGACAAGUAAUUAUGUUCGCAUUCAGGCGAAUGGCAUUGUAGGUAAAAAGCAAGGGAAAAUGAACAAGGCAGAGAUUUUAAGUGUAAUUGAAGAGAUGUUGGAACAGAAAAAUGUAGAGUCAGAACUAUUUAAAGGAAAAAAAUUGGGUGAAAGCACAAACUUGGAGAAAUUAGAGUCAUUUGCUGGAGAGCUUAUAAAGGAAGAAGAAAGAAGAAAAUCGAGCAUUUUACCGGCCGUCGUGUUAAAGCAGGCAUCAUCGCCAUCGCCCAGAACUUCUUCGGCGACUUCUCUUUCAACUUCAUCGUCGUCGUCUUGAAAAAAAAAGUUAUAAAAUUGGUUAUUAAUUUUAAUAGAGAAAAAAAAAAUGAAAAGUUUGAUGCUUUUGCUGCCGCUCGUGAUGGAACAAUAAAGACAUCCGAGACAGAGCUGAGCUGUUGAGUGCAUCUGAAUUUAUAUUUUUGGGUGAAUUGUGAUGAGAUAGUUAGGUGUAUGUAUUAAUGUAGUGAUGUUUGUGUAUAAGGUCUUAUGAAUUCUUUUCUUUGUGAUGUUAGAGAUGUCAUACUCAUAGUAGAGAUUGGUAGAGAGUUUGAUGCUAUGUAAAUUUUGAUGGAAUGAAUUUUUAAUCUAUUUUCUUUACAA